AUGACUGAAGAUUCUGAAGUUAUUACAGUUACUACUACUGAAGGUAAUAAGGUUGAUUUUGCUGCAAAAAUAGGUAGACUUGAUCUAAUUAAAAUAUUAAUUCAAAUAGGAGAAAAAGGGACAGAAAAAGCAAUUGAUUUUGCUUUAAAAAAUAGUAACCAUAAAGUACUUGAAUAUUUACAUUCGUUAGGAUAUAAAGGUACAGAUUGGGCAAUUGUUACUGCUGUAAAAAAUGGUGACAUUAAAGUACAUAAAUAUCUAUAUUUAUUAAAAUAUAAUGUAAUUAAUUCUGCAAUAAUAGAUGGCCGUCUUGAUGUACUAAAAUAUUUACAUUCGUUAGGAUAUAGAGGAACAGAAGAUACAAUUUUUGAUGCAGCAAGUAAUCUUGAAAUAUUAAAAUAUUUACAUUCUAUAGGAUAUAAGAAGUCUAAAUGGGUAUUUGAUUUUGCUGCAGAAAAAGGUCACCUUGAAGUACUUGAAUAUUUACAUUCAAUAGGAUAUAGAGGAACAGAACAUACAAUUACUUGUGCUGUAGGAAAUGGUCACCUUGAAGUACUAAAAUAUUUACAUUCUAUAGGAUAUAGAGGAACAGAACAUACAAUUGAUUUAGCUGCAGAAAAUGGUCACCUUGAAGUACUAAAAUAUUUACAUUCUAUAGGAUAUAGAGGAACAGAACAUACAAUUGAUUUAGCUGCAGAAAAAGGUUACAUUGAAGUACUAAAAUAUUUAGAUUCGUUAGGAUAUAAAGGUACAGAUUGGGCAAUUAAAUAUGCUGCAGAAAAAGGUCACCUUGAAGUAAUUAAAUAUUUACAUUCUAUAGGAUAUAUAGGAACAAAAUAUGCAAUUAAUCAUGCUGCAGGAAAUGGUCACCUUGAAGUACUAAAAUAUUUAGAUUCGUUAGGAUAUAAAGGUACAUUUUAUGCAAUUUCAACUGCUGCUCAAAAUGGUUACCUUGAAGUACUUGAAUAUUUAAAUUCUAUAGGAUAA